GUCCCGCGGCGGAAGAGGAAGCGGCACGUGCGGCGCUUUACGGUGGCCGAGGAGGCGGCUGCGACUUUCUUACCCCUGAACAGCAAAGCACCCCGGGAAGGUGCACAGACAGUGGUUUUUAUAGUCGCAGCUUCGAGGACGGUGUCCAGGCAGCCGGCACCAUGGUGAAGGAGCAGUUCCGCGAGACGGAUGUGGCUAAGAAAAUAAGCCAUAUCUGUUUUGGAAUGAAGUCCCCUGAGGAGAUGCGCCAGCAGGCACAUAUCCAGGUUGUCAGUAAGAACCUGUACAGCCAAGACAACAACCAUGCCCCCUUGUUGUAUGGAGUGCUUGACCAUAGAAUGGGGACAAGUGAAAAGGAUCGUCCUUGUGAGACCUGUGGGAAGAACCUGGCAGACUGUCUGGGCCACUAUGGGUACAUUGAUCUAGAGCUGCCGUGCUUUCAUGUCGGGUACUUCAGAGCUGUCAUUGGCAUUUUACAGAUGAUCUGCAAAACCUGCUGCCACAUUAUGCUGUCCCAGGAAGAGAAGCAGCAGUUUCUAGAUUUCCUGAAGAGGCCUGGCCUAACCUACCUGCAGAAGCGAGGCCUGAAGAAGAAGAUCUCAGACAAGUGCCGGAAGAAAAGCACUUGUCACUACUGUGGUGCUUUUAAUGGUACUGUAAAGAAAUGUGGUUUGCUGAAGAUAAUUCAUGAAAAAUACAAGACAAACAAAAAAGUUGUGGAUCCCAUUGUAUCAAACUUCCUGCAGUCUUUUGAGACAGCCAUUGAGCAUAACAAAGAGGUUGAACCACUGCUAGGAAGGGCCCAGGAGAACUUGAAUCCCUUAGUAGUUCUGAACUUGUUUAAGCGCAUCCCAGCUGAAGAUGUCCCGUUACUUCUGAUGAACCCAGAAGCUGGAAAGCCCUCUGAUUUGAUUCUCACCCGACUUUUGGUGCCUCCCCUGUGUAUCAGACCUUCUGUCGUGAGUGAUUUGAAGUCUGGAACCAAUGAAGAUGAUCUGACAAUGAAACUGACCGAGAUCAUUUUCCUAAAUGAUGUUAUUAAAAAGCACCGCAUCUCUGGAGCCAAGACACAGAUGAUCAUGGAGGACUGGGAUUUCCUGCAGCUACAGUGUGCCCUCUAUAUCAACAGUGAGCUCUCUGGCAUCCCUCUCAACAUGGCACCUAAGAAGUGGACUCGAGGCUUUGUCCAGCGUCUGAAGGGGAAGCAGGGUCGAUUUAGAGGUAAUCUGUCAGGGAAGAGGGUGGAUUUUUCUGGCCGAACAGUCAUCUCACCUGACCCCAACCUCCGCAUUGAUGAAGUAGCUGUGCCAGUUCAUGUGGCCAAAAUUCUAACUUUUCCUGAGAAGGUGAACAAAGCAAACAUCAAUUUUUUGAGGAAACUGGUUCGAAAUGGCCCAGAUGUUCACCCAGGAGCCAAUUUUAUCCAACAGAGGCACAUGCAGAUGAAAAGGUUCCUGAAGUAUGGGAAUCGGGAAAAGAUGGCUCAGGAGCUCAAGUUCGGUGACAUUGUAGAGAGACACCUGAUAGAUGGAGACGUGGUAUUGUUCAACCGGCAGCCCUCACUGCACAAACUGAGCAUCAUGGCCCAUCUGGCCAAGGUCAAGCCUCAUCGAACCUUCAGAUUCAAUGAAUGUGUCUGCACUCCCUACAAUGCAGACUUCGAUGGGGAUGAAAUGAACCUUCAUCUUCCCCAGACAGAGGAAGCCAAAGCAGAGGCCCUUGUUCUCAUGGGGACCAAAGCGAACCUUGUAACCCCAAGAAAUGGGGAGCCACUCAUUGCUGCCAUUCAGGACUUCCUAACAGGUGCCUACCUCCUCACCCUCAAGGACACUUUCUUUGAUCGAGCCAAGGCUUGCCAGAUCAUUGCUUCAAUACUGGUUGGCAAAGAUGAAAAAAUUAAAGUGCGCCUCCCACCCCCUACAAUACUAAAGCCUGUCACCCUGUGGACCGGAAAGCAAAUCUUCAGUGUCAUCCUCAGGCCUAGUGACGACAAUCCAGUGAGGGCCAACCUUCGAACCAAGGGCAAGCAGUACUGUGGCAAGGGGGAAGACCUCUGCACCAACGAUUCCUAUGUCACCAUCCAGAACAGCGAGUUGAUGUGCGGCAGCAUGGACAAAGGGACUCUGGGGUCGGGGUCCAAGAACAACAUCUUCUACAUCUUGCUUCGAGACUGGGGGCAGAACGAGGCUGCCGAUGCCAUGUCUCGGCUUGCCAGGCUGGCUCCUGUCUACCUGUCUAACCGUGGGUUCUCCAUUGGGAUUGGUGACGUCACGCCUGGCCAGGGACUGCUGAAAGCCAAGUAUGAGCUACUAAAUGCUGGCUACAAAAAAUGUGACGAAUACAUUGAAGCCCUGAACACAGGCAAGCUGCAGCAGCAGCCAGGCUGCACUGCUGAGGAGACACUAGAGGCUCUGAUCCUGAAGGAGCUGUCUGUGAUCCGGGACCAUGCUGGCAGUGCCUGCCUCCGAGAGCUGGACAAGAGCAACAGCCCUCUCACCAUGGCCCUGUGUGGUUCCAAAGGUUCCUUCAUUAACAUAUCACAGAUGAUUGCCUGUGUGGGACAGCAAGCCAUCAGUGGCUCCCGUGUUCCAGAUGGCUUUGAGAACAGAUCUUUGCCUCACUUUGAGAAGCAUUCAAAGCUCCCUGCUGCCAAAGGCUUUGUGGCUAACAGCUUUUACUCUGGCUUAACGCCUACUGAAUUUUUCUUCCACACAAUGGCUGGUCGGGAGGGUCUGGUGGACACAGCUGUAAAGACUGCUGAAACAGGAUACAUGCAGAGAAGACUGGUCAAAUCCCUGGAAGACCUCUGUUCCCAGUAUGAUCUGACCGUUCGGAGUUCCACCGGUGACAUCAUCCAGUUCAUCUAUGGAGGGGAUGGCUUAGAUCCUGCCGCCAUGGAGGGCAAAGAUGAACCACUGGAGUUUAAAAGAGUUCUGGACAACAUCAAGGCAGUGUAUCCAUGUCAGAGUGAACGUGCUCUCAGUAAGAAUGAGCUCACCUUGACCACUGAGGCCAUCAUGAAGAAGAACGAGUUCCUGUGCUGCCAAGACAGCUUCCUGCAGGAAAUAAAAACAUUCAUUAAAGGGGUGUCUGAGAAGAUUAAGAAAACCAGAGAUAAAUACGGCAUCAAUGACAACGGCACAACAGAGCCUCGUGUGCUGUACCAGUUGGACCGUAUUACCCGUACCCAAAUAGAGAAGUUUCUGGAGACCUGUAGGGAUAAGUACAUGAGGGCACAGAUGGAGCCAGGCUCUGCAGUGGGUGCACUCUGUGCACAGAGCAUUGGUGAGCCGGGCACCCAGAUGACCCUGAAGACUUUCCACUUUGCAGGGGUAGCGUCCAUGAACAUCACCCUGGGUGUGCCUCGGAUCAAGGAGAUCAUCAAUGCUUCCAAGGCCAUCAGCACUCCAAUUAUCACAGCACAGCUAGACAUGGAUGACGAUGCAGAUUAUGCACGCCUGGUGAAGGGCAGGAUUGAGAAAACCCUCCUGGGGGAGAUCUCAGAGUACAUUGAAGAAGUGUUUCUUCCUGAUGACUGCUUUAUUCUUGUCAAGCUGUCCCUGGAACGGAUCCGACUUCUGAGACUGGAGGUUAAUGCUGAGACAGUGCGCUACUCCAUCUGCACAUCCAAGCUCCGAGUGAAGCCUGGCGAUGUGGCGGUUCAUGGGGAGGCCGUGGUGUGUGUCACCCCCAGGGAAAACAGCAAGAGCUCCAUGUAUUAUGUGCUGCAGUUUCUAAAAGAGGAUCUACCCAAGGUGGUGGUACAGGGCAUCCCAGAGGUGUCAAGAGCAGUCAUCCACAUUGACGAGCAGAGUGGGAAGGAGAAGUUCAAGCUUCUAGUAGAAGGUGACAACCUGCGGGCAGUCAUGGCCACCCAUGGUGUGAAAGGCACGCGAACCACUUCUAAUAACACCUAUGAGGUGGAAAAAACCCUGGGUAUUGAGGCUGCGAGGACAACCAUCAUCAAUGAGAUCCAGUACACGAUGGUCAACCAUGGCAUGAGCAUUGACAGGAGGCACGUGAUGCUGCUCUCUGAUCUGAUGACCUACAAGGGUGAAGUACUGGGUAUAACCAGGUUUGGCCUGGCCAAGAUGAAGGAGAGUGUGUUGAUGCUGGCCUCCUUUGAGAAGACAGCUGACCAUCUCUUUGAUGCUGCCUACUUUGGGCAGAAGGACUCCGUGUGUGGUGUGUCUGAGUGCAUCAUCAUGGGAAUCCCAAUGAACAUUGGAACUGGUCUCUUCAAACUGCUACACAAAGCCAACAGGGACCCAAAACCACCCAGGAGGCCCCUGAUAUUUGACACACAUGAAUUCCACAUCCCUCUUGUCACAUAGUUUGUGGCAAGAGGUUGCCAUUCCUGACCAUGGCUCCUUGUCCUAUGUACUGCUGAAUGGAAGGACUUUGUUUAACUUGGACAGAUGUCUACGUGAACUUAACAUGGUUAGACGAAGCCCAUGCCCUCAGCAGGAGCUCCUUGAUUGGGACGCUGGGAUUCUCUUCACUGAGGGGCGUCGACGCUGCUGCUCAACCUGCUCAAGACCCAUGCCACCUCUCUCCGUUUCUACAGAAGGUUGUAAGGUGCCCAUGCCUGCCCUGUGAGCUAGGUCUAGACCCAAGAGACUAGGACACAGUCCUGGUUUCCCAUCGUUCAGUUAUGCCAGAUUUUCCAAUGAUGAACUAAUGUAAAUACAUUUUCUUUAUUUAUUUGUUCUGAGGUAUUAAGUGUUUAUUGUUAUUUUACUUUGAGAUAGAGGCUGUAGAAACAACACCAUCUUCAAAGCAUACUGGGAAAGAACCUAAGAAUGUGAGGUCCAGUGUGGGAUGGCUAGGCCCUGGUCAGGCCCUGUCCAGGCCCUGUCCAUGUAACUGUAAAUUACAUGAGAGGGAAGCUGAGUUGCCUAGUAACGUGAGACACUUGGGAGGACUCGGUCGCUUGUGGCAUCCAAGUAAAGACUGGAAUAUCACUAGCAAGAAGAGCAGUGGUUCCCCUAAAUUCUCUUAACAGCAGUGUUAUUUUAUUUACUCAGUCUUUUAACAAAUGUGGGCCCAUGGAUAUACCAAGACGUAUACCAAGGUAUUCAUCAUUUAUGCAGAUGCUUGAACUUCACCCUGUUCUGAUCUAUGGUGGGUUGUAUGAUCUAGUGCGGGUUUCAGGUGUGGUUAAAUAGCCCACUAACAUCCAAUGGAUCAUCUUGAUUUAAUCUCUGGCCAGGGAAGUGUGAUGUCCCUGAUGACAAGGGGCAAGACUAAGCAGCACAUUUCCUAUUCUGGCACCAUCAGUCCUCACUCCCAAAUUCAAGUUUCUAUCCUGAUACCAGCCAUGUCUCUUGUUUCCAUCAACAGCUUGUUACUGAACUGACCCUCAGAAGAAGUAGCAACCAGGGCAUCGUUGUUUGACUACUGACAUGGGAAGUGAUGACUACAUGUGUGGUCUUAAAGGGCGGUGGUAUACUAAACACUUUGUGGUAUCAUUAAAGAUGUAAGAUAUCAAAAUGUCUUUCGACACAUGAGGGACAUUUUAAAUACCA